AACUACAUUUCCCAUGAAGCCUUGCGCCGUGCCCAAGAAUCCGUGGAAAAAACGAAUGCGCCUGCGUAUCCAGACGUGGCAACGGCAUCAUGGCCUCUUGGAACCAGCGCCACGGGAGUCGGAUGAGAGAGGAGAAAAUGUUCAUGUUGGUGCUGCUGGUGUGGCUGCUGCCGGUGCUCGAGGCGCUGAAGGUGUCUCCUCUCAUAGAGAAGGUCAGCGACCAUAAAGACUUCAAGAAGCUCCUGAGGACGAGAACCAACGUCCUGGUGGCGUACACCAAGACAGCUACAUCAGGGGACUCUCACCUGAAACUGCUAUCCGACGUGGCCCAGACAGUGAAGGGCCAGGGGACGAUCGCCUGGGUCAACUGUGGGUAA